UGGGGCAAGCGGGUAGGUGGCCCAGGGCUGCUGCUCUCCACGGGCGGACGCCAGCAACCCCUGCGCGUCACUCACAGUCUCUCUUUCCUGCCAGCUCGCAGCUCACCGCGCCCUCAGUUCUGGUGUUCCCGUCCCUCCAUCUCCCCAGCCCUGCUGCAGGCCCUUCGCCGGGACUUGGUGUUAGAGAGCUGCCGGCCUUCCCGAGUCCGGGUGGGGACCUAGCCGCGUUCCGCCGGGAGAGACACCGCGCAGCUGGGUCUGGCGCAGUCCAUCUGUUCAUCUAACGAAUACUUGGCGGGUGCCUUUCACAAACCAGACAUGGAUCUAGAAGUCAUGGAAGAUGUGGCCUCAUGCUCCCUCAACACUACUCUGUUCCAGCAGGAAGACCAGACAGGGAUCACCUACCGUAUCCCAGCCCUGCUCUAUAUUCCCCAAACCCAAACCUUUCUGGCCUUUGCAGAGAAACGUUCCUCAUGCAGAGAUGAAGAUGCUCUCCACUUGGUCCUCAGGCAAGGGUUGUUGACUGGAUGCUCGGUACAGUGGGGACCCUUAAAGCCACUGAUGGAAGCCACACUACCUGGGCAUCGGACCAUGAACCCCUGUCCUGUGUGGGAGCAGAAGACUGGCUGUGUGUACCUGUUUUUCAUCUGUGUGAAGAAGCAUGUUACUGAAAGUCAGCAGAUUUGCUCGGGUAGGAAUGCUGCCCGCCUCUGCUUCAUUUGCAGUAAGGAUGCUGGAUACUCAUGGAGUGAGCUGAAGGACUUGACUGAGGAGGUCACUGACCCAGAGGUGAAGCACUGGGCCACAUUCGCUGUGGGCCCAGGUCAUGGCAUCCAGUUGCAGUCAGGGAGGCUGGUCAUCCCUGCGUAUGCCUACUAUUUCUCAUACUCGUUCCUGUGCCUCCUGCUGCCAUGUUCAGUCAAGCCGCACUCCAUGAUGAUCUACAGUGAUGACUUAGGGAUCACAUGGCACCAUGGCAACCUUAUUAAGCCCCUGGGGACAGUGGAGUGCCAAGUGGCAGAGGUGACUUGGAGGGCUAGUAAUCCUAUGCUCUACUGCAGUGCCCGGACAUCAAGCAGAUUCCGGGCAGAGGCUUUUAGCACUGAUUCUGGUGACUGCUUUCAGACACCAACCCUGAACCCACAGCUCUAUGAGCCUCCUCAUGGCUGCCAGGGCAGUGUAGUUAGCUUUAAACCCUUGAGGCUGCCACAUACAUGCCAGAGCCUUAAUGAUAAAGAUGCUCCCACUACUCAGAAAAGCCCUCUGCUGGACAAUUCUCUGAAGCUGGAGGAAGGAUCUGGAACACCAUUGGGAACAUGGCUCUUGUACUCACAUCCAACUAGUAAGAAAGAGAGAAUAAACCUAGGCAUCUACUGCAAUCAGAACCCCUUGGAGAUGGCCUGCUGGUCCCACCCCUGGAUCUUGCACCAUGGGCCCUGUGGCUACUCUGAUCUGGCUACUGUGGAAGAACAAGGCUUGUUCGCAUGUCUGUUUGAGUGUGGGACAAAGGAGGGGUUUGAGCAGAUUGCUUUCCGUCUGUUUUCAUACCAAGAGGUCCUGAGCUAUGUACAGGAAGACUGCACCAGCCCUGGUAGGAGCCCAAGCCAAAGCCAGACUGACUGAGGACCCGACUCUCCACAGAAGGGAAAGACAGCUGCAGCCAGGAUAACAAAGGUCACUGGUGUCUACAGAGAACCCCAAAACUCAAUAUUUUGCUUCCUCCAUUUUUUUAAACUUCUCUUUCUCCAAGGAGCCAAAAGAAAAUUGCCCCAUAUCUCCUGCAGCAAUAAGACUAUUGAACUGGGAGUCUGGAAAGCAUGCUGUGGUCCCGGCUCUGCUACCAUCCUGUUUUAGGAAUUUGGGUGCAUCGUUGGAAAAUGAGAGGGUUGAUUUAUGAUUCUUGUCUUCCCAUUGGAAGGAGAGGCUGAGUGCCUGCUCCCUCUGUGAUCAACAAGCUCUGCCUGCCUAAAGGACUCUGCUAUUGAAUGGAAGUCAGAGGACUUUUCUUUUCAAAUGACUCACUCUUCAUCCAAGUAUAAGGUGACAUACAGGUAUUUUGACAAGAAAAAAGAUCUGAAUGGGGUGUUUCAUUUUUAACAAGAAAAAUACUCUCAUCCUUCUGAUCAUGCUCAAAGCUCUGAAAGUCCCCAUCCUAGAAGAAUUGAGCAAGAUAGCAGUGUCUUGAGGUCACUCACCUUCUCUAAGCUUUGCUGUUCAACCUUCCCUUCCUCAUCCAGAAAACAUCAUGUUCAGAGAGAAAAAUGAGAAGCCCAUGUCAGCUGCCCUUAAUAGUGGUGCUUAUUGCUUUGAUGCUAUCACCUCCAUGAAAGGGGAACCUGAAGUUCCUUUAAUUAGAAUGCUUCCUGAUGGGAAAGGUCAUGAGUUAGGGUUUUAAAGCAGGGUUAAGGUGUGCAAACUGACCACCAUGAUACUCACAGUCUUAGGAGAUUGAGGCAGGAGAAUUCCUUCACCCCAAGAAGUCAAGGCCAACCUGGACAAUAUAAUGAGACCUCAUUGUGGAAGAAGGGCAGAAAGAUUGUAAGAGCCAAGGAGGAGG